AUGGACAGAAAACAAGGAAAAUAUGUAGUGAAUGUUGAACUCUCUGGAAAUCAGCCGCCAAGCACGUGUCCAAAUGACCAACAGGCUCAUAGUUCCACAUCCUUGUGUCCACCUUCUAAUGACGUAACCGCUGAUGGCUCCUCCAGCUUAUCUGGGGUGUGGGUGAGCCCAGGAAUCACUGCUCAUUCACAAUGCCCACACCCAGAAUUAUCCACUAUACAGGUGAAAGGAAAUAGCGGCAGUGACUGGUCUCUGUGGAAAGUUUUCCUGGCCUGCCUCUUAGCCUGUGCGAUAACAACAGCAAUUGGAGUCCUCGUAAUAUGCCUGGUGAAUAAUCGAGGAAGUAAUUCCUCCGUUGUUAUCCAGCUACCCACAAACAGUGGAGGGGUGGUAGAUAGGGAAUCUGGAACAGCCUCUACUACUUCCCAACCUACAGUGACCACCACUUCAACUGAACCUUCAACUAUCACCACUUCAACAGAAUCUACAACCACAACGGUCACAACCAGUUCUUCAACUCAGCCUUUAACCACAGCACCCCUCACCACAACUUCAAGUAGAACCAGAUAUAUCACCACUGCCACAGAAUCCAUGGGUACGGUGGCUCCUCCAUAG